AUGCACGACAAGGCGACAGACACUAAGGCUUCGACACCGUCAAAAGUCUCCUCGUUUUACAUCGAAAACCUACUCGGCUCGAGGAAGAAUGGCGAGUCAACGUAUUUCAACCGACAGGUCAACAACAACAACAGCCAGUAUAGUAGCAGAACCGCGGAGGAGAGUAUGGAGCGGAAUGACAUGGUCUACCCUCGCCGAGUCUUAGCGGGACAUCCCAGCCAAGUGGCGGGUCAAGUGGCAGCCUGCUCCGGCCACGGCGCCGAGGGUUCCUCCCGGAGAGACUCGCUGUUAGAACGGAACAGAGGAGCCGCAGCCGUUAACGUCAAACCACUCAGUCUCAAAAGGUCCAACAAGGACGGGAGAUGCUCAGAGGGCCGUUGCUGCUCCCACUCAGCCAGCGACCGAGACUCCGUCUCUUCCGCCGUGUCAGAAGAAUCCACUGAAGGCAGCGACAAAACGGGACGGAAAACGGCAGAAAGCAGCCUGACCGAAGACAACGACGAGACGCAGAACGCGUUUGACGACCAGUCGGACCUGGAAGCCCCUCUGGACCCGAGCUCUAUCCGGAAGAAGAAAACUAGAACCGUUUUCAGUCGGAGUCAGGUGUUUCAGUUGGAGUCGACGUUCGAUAUGAAACGGUACCUGAGCAGUUCUGAACGGGCAGGUCUCGCGGCCUCUCUCCAGCUAACGGAAACGCAGGUGAAAAUCUGGUUCCAGAAUCGACGGAACAAAUGGAAGAGACAGAUGGCGGCGGAUCUAGAGGCCGUAAACGUUUCCCACUCGUCCCAACGGAUAGUACGAGUUCCGAUUCUAUAUCACGAAAGCUCCACGCCCUCGACGUUGGGUUUCAACGUCAACGUGUCCCAGGUCUCCCCACCUUUGAUGAGUUUCUCAAACCCUGUGAACUAUCCCUUCUCCUCCUUUGCGCACUCCAUGAGUUUACUACGCUCGCAAAUCACCGGGUUGGUGUAA